AGGAGGCACAUACUUGCGGGUUUCUCUUGAUUAUAAAACAAGCACACCCACUGGGAGCCAAUGGGAAGGUGAACAACAGGUAGGCGUCCUGUGACAGAGGCGCUCAAACAGUCGGUGGAAACCAGUGGAGCGAGGAGGCAGCAUGCUGGAGACCAGAGCACAGCAGUUUUUACGCGGAGUGGGUUUAAUUGGUAUUAUUUAAAUCAUCAGGACACCUCUCAGUGCAUGGAGCUCUGAUGCCAUUUUACCCUCAUCAUUAAAACCCUCUGGGAAUAAACACAAAGUACAGGUUUGAUUACACAGCUGAUCCCUGGGAGGUCAGACUCUCCCUGACCCUGAUGGAGGUGCUCCGGAAGUCUUCAGCGUUUGCCUCAGAGGUUCUGGAUGUGUUUGACCGAUCGCUGACGGAGAAAGAGCUGGUGUCCCAGUCCAAAGCUCUAUGCAAAGACUACAUCCUGUCCAGGUUAAACCAGAAUGGGCUGGGAUGGUCCAAAACUGAGAUUAAUUUCCCUCCCUCCAACAACUCCAUGCUUGCUGAGGCGUCUCUGGUGCUCAUUUGUCUUGGCGACGAGCUGGAGUGUAUACAGCCUGGUCUGUACAGGAACGUGGCGCGGCAGCUCAACAUUUCUGUUGCCAUGGAGAGCAUGGUUUCAGAUGCCUUCCUUGGUGUGGCAACAGAGAUCUUCUCAGCAGGUAUAACUUGGGGAAAGGUGGUGUCCAUGUAUGCAGUAGCUGGAGCUCUAGCGGUGGAUUGUGUCAGGCAUGGCUACCCUGACACGGUGCAUGUCCUCGUGGACAGUUUAGGGCAGUUUGUCCGCAGGUUUCUUGUUCCCUGGCUGAAGAGACGAGGAGGAUGGGUGGAGAUAACAAAGUGUGUUGUGAAGGUGGAUCUCACCCCUGAACGCCACUGGUUGUCCUCCACCAUCGAGUCCCUGAAGUAUUUCCUCACCACGCUCUACGUCUGCAUCAUGAAGGAGCAGUGAGACGGAGCAGAUGUCUCGUGGAAUUGUGUCAAAGAAAGCUGAACCGAUGUGGUCGUGAGGACCGAGCCUUUCAGCAGACUCAUUUUCUUUUUUUUUGCUGGAUGACCACGUACGAAUGUUUCAUCAGCAGCAUUUGUCUUUGCAGAGCGAGGGGGUACCCUUCAACCAGAGUGGUCGCCUUGAUAGUAAAAAAACAUAAAUGAGAAUUCUUGCUUUUCUCUGCGUCGUAUGCACUUCGUCUCGCUGUUGAAACUAGUGCAGUGCUCCCGGCUUUUACAGUGUAACGCUUCAUACUGCUAUGAUCAGUCUGAUGUUAGGCUCGUCUUAAAACGUACAUUUUAGCAGGAGAGAUGAAGGUGACGAAACUGGUGCUCUGCUUUUGUGGGUCUGAAAGUGUUUAAACCUGCUGAGUUUACACUUUAGAUCAGAAAUGAGUGACAUUAACUGUUUACACUUGAGUUUACACUGUUGUACUCCACCAAAGCACAAACUGUGUUUCCUUCCUUUUAGGCUCUAAAGUUGUCCAGUUAAUAUUCUGGAGUUUUAGACAAAAGGAGAAUUAUUUUUGCACUUUCUUUGGGCCAAAGAACGUUUGAAGACUGGUACAACCUGAAUGUAAUUUCCUGGGCUAUUUUUUUAUUUGGGUUUCUAAUCUGUGAACUGUUUAUUUAUUGUUGUAUGUAUUUUUUGUUAUAACUAAGUAAUUGAACCACCUCUGUAUAAUUAAAUGCCAGAGCUAAAGUUCUUAGGGAGGAUGGUGUCAUGCAUGUCACUUUCACAGUGUUAUUUUGCACAAGUGUGUCUGCCCCCCUCUUCCCCCCUUUUUUUUUAAUAAUACAAUAAAAUUAGACGAAAGCUCA